CAACCUUCGCCAACGUUUGUGACGCACUAAUGCAACAUGGCGGACUUGUAAAUUACGAUCUUUUUGCUAGUCUUUUAAUAUAAAUUUAAAAAUGCCCGUCAAGACAGAAAUCGUGCCUCCUCUUCCUGCAAAUUCUCAACAGCCUGGCGUCACUAGAUCGUUGUUGUAUAACGGAUCCAGGUUCCACGGUCACCAGAAAAGCAAGGGCAACUGCUACGACGUUGAAGUUGUGUUGCAACACGUGGACGAAACGAACUCCUACCUGUGCGGCUACUUAAAGAUCAAGGGUCUGACGGAGGAAUACCCGACCCUGACGACAUUUUUCGACGGCGAGAUCAUCAGCGGGAAGUACCCUUUCCUCACAAGAAAAUGGGACGCAGACGAAGAAGUUGAUAAGAAGCACUGGAGCAAGUUCCUAUCCUUUUACCAGUAUGCCAAAACGUUCAACUCCGACAGCUUCAACUAUACGGAACUGCAGUCUACAGACUAUGUCUUCAUGCGGUGGAAAGAGCACUUUCUUGUUCCUGAUCACACAAUCAAGGACAUCAAUGGAGCGUCGUUCGCAGGUUUCUACUACAUAUGCUUUCAGAAGUCUACGGCCACCAUCGAGGGCUACUACUACCACAGAAGUUCAGAGUGGUACCAGUCCCUGACCCUAACCCACGUGCCAGAACACAGCAUACAGAUCUACGAGUUCCGGUGAAUCCGAGAUCCGACCCCCGCAGAGACAAGUUUUCCUCGAAAUGUUGUGACGUUGAUUGCAGACACACACACAAAAAAAAAUUACGGAACAGGGAGAGACUGUCGUCACGUCAGAACGUCGUCGUGCUGGGACAAUCGUGUCAUUUCCCCCACACUCGAGAAAAGCGAAAAAGACUUUGGCGUUCCCCGUGGAGCCACGAAGCAGACUCGUGUUAGUGAGAACGCGCAUUGUGCUGCUAUUUCUAGUCCUGCCACAAUAGAAACACUAUUUGAAAACGUCGCAGAGGCACCCAACAGUGCCGUCUGCUUGCGUCGCAUCGGGGAGUGAUAUAUAUAUAUAUUAAAAAGCGAUAAUUUAUAUAUCCCACGAAAGCUCGAGUGUUCAAAGUGACGGUUUGAUAUUGACGUCUGGUCGAUUUUUUGGGCUGGCAAGUCUCAAAUGCCGUGCAUUGCAGCCAAAAGAAAAACGGAAGGAGCUUUAAUUGGAACACAUUGGAUCCAAAGAGGGUCGGAUUUGAAGUCGACCCGACGUUUGUACUUCAGGGUUGUACGCGGGCUAAAAAAAAAUGAAAACACAAAAACAACGGGAGACGUAUCUUGAAUGAGCUGUUUUCACAGCAGUGUGGUUGUUGAAUUGCAAGGUACUCACUGGUACUUUUAGAAGUUAUAUUUAAUGUAUUUUUUAAAAAAAUAUUUAUGGUUGUAUAAUACUCCGUAAGAACCUUGCCAUAAUUUGAUGAGAAUUUAUGAAAUAGUAUUCCAUCAUGAGUAAAGUUUGCCAAUUUUUUGUUUUUAUUGUACUAAGAGGAGGAUGUACAUCAUUUGAGAAACAAGAUGUUCACAUCUGGCUUCCGUGCAGUCCACACUUACGACUCUCGGGUUGAGCGAAAAAGAAAAAAAGAAAGUGAUAAUGUUGGCCUCUGCCUCUGCAAUACGUACCUCGCAAUAUUGCGUCAACCACGAGCCAGACGUAUUUAAUUUAAUUGAUUUAAUUUAAUUUAAUUUGUAGAACAACGACAAAUUUUUACCAGUGGAUUUUAAAAGGUGAUGCAGGAAGGGGCGAGGAUUUAUCCCGUCAACAAAACAAAUUUUGUGGCGGCAGUAAUAAAUUACCUAAUGCCUCUCGGAGCUUUGGGUGCUCCAACCUCGAAGAUGAAAGAAAAUCCGUAUGUAUCCGGAUGCUGCAGGUUUUUCUUUUACAGAUUUAGAAAUUAUUUUCCCUAAAUUAUUGAGUCCUUGUUCAAAGUACGACGCGAAGCACUCGGAAAAAUCAAAAUUACGCUUAACCGCAGGCCUUUGCCGCACAGCACCCAAAGCAGUAGCGUCGACAGCUUAGCCGUCACUCUUGCAAAGCCUCUAGACUGUGUCUUUCACGACCCGAGCACACCUGACCGCACGCUUUAAAAACAUGAAUGUUGACACAAUUUUUUUUUAGGAGUUCCCAGCAGUUUUUGAGAGAGCGAAAGAUGAGAGAGUGAAUGUCUGUGCAGAGAGGAGGAAGACACCUUCCUCCUCAGAAAAGAAGAAAAGGGAAUGGAUGAGUGUUCGUAAAACCUGAUUGCAGUCUCAAAUAAACGAUGGCAGACUCCCAAGA